AUGGCAUAUCGGACCGCUUUCAAAGGAGUUCUUGGGAUGAGUCCCUACCGUCUUGUGUAUGGCAAAGCUUGCCAUUUACCGGUCGAGAUCGAGCAUCGCGCUUAUUGGGCUAUCAAGGCUGCAAAUUUAGACCUUCGGUCCGCAGGGAAACACCGAGCCUUACAGAUGGAAGAGCUGGAUGAGUUGCGUAAUGAAGCAUAUGAGAACGCGCGCAUCUACAAGGAUAAAGUGAAGAAAAUGCAUGAUCGUCGCGUUGUGCAAAAGGACUUCCACCCGGGCAUGAAAGUACUGUUGUUCAACUCACGGUUGAAACUCUUUCCGGGAAAACUCAAGUCCCGCUGGAUUGGCCCCUUCAUCAUCAAAGAAGUACUCAACCAUGGAGUCGUGGUGUUGACUAAGGAAGGCACCGAUGAGCAGUUUACAGUCAAUGGGCAUCGGGUGAAGCCCUACUUGGAGCACGAAGUUUUUGCCGUAGUAGUGGAGUCUCAAGUUCUCCACGAUCCGGUGCUUUAA